AUAUCCCAUUACCAUCCAAUCCGCAUCUAACCAACGAUAUUUUGUUUUUCUUGACCACUUCCCUCCUACUCCUCUCUUCUUCCUUUCUUCAUCUCGACGUCGUCGUAUCUCUUGUCGGUUGGGAUCUUCGUCGAUUUGAGCCAUGUCCUGAUGCGUUCUGUUGUUGAAUCGACUCAUUUCUACUGAUUGACAACCCUCUCGAUUCCUAAAGGGUGAAUUGCCCGUAUAUACAUAAGCAAUCGCAUCGCGACAACUACACAGUAUCUGCUCAAGAUUCGUUCAAGUCUUCCGCUUGCAGUGUUCUCCUCAAUACUCGAAACGACCCUGAUACCCUCCAGAGCGCAUUGGCAGACGAAAUAACACGCACUCGCGUCAACUUCGACAUCGAUUGCCCAAUAUGAACGGCUUGAUCGAGGCCUUUGCCCAUAUCUCGGCUCGUGCCGUAAAUGAAUGGCCAGAGGGUGAUAAGGGUAACAGCAGCGACACCAUUCUCGGCGGCGUCCACUUCAACCUCACCACCCUCAAACACUUCAACUACACAUUCUACAGCAACAACACCAUCUCCAACAACUCCAAAUGCUACCUGACCUUUGCGCCCUAUACUCCGGCUUACGUCUUCCCGAACGGUACAUGGACCAAUGCCACUAAGUGCUAUUCCGCGAUCGAGAAUAUCAAGACUCGUGGUUUUGUCGGAAUUGGUUUCGCUGUUGCUUUUGGAAUUGCUCUUGUUCUCAACCUUACUGUCCUGGCCAAGCAUGGAAAACUCUACGUGCCACGCGAUUCGCGCUUCUAUCCCAUCGGUCGUCGCUGGCAGUGGUACUGGGCCUUGUUCAGUGCGGCGGUGGCUCUCAUCAGUCUCUUUGUCGGCGUUGAUAUCGACCGGUACUAUCUCCAGGAAUUGCCCAUCACUGUCAAUGUCUUCUUUUGGUACCUCCUCUGCAUGGGCACUGUCGCUAUGACUUGGGAAGCUGUUCGUCAUUGGGGCUCCUGGCAAGAAAGGCAAUAUGUCGAUCCUAAUCCGUUUAUCUUGCGCGACGAUGAUCGUCGUUCCAAGGUUGAGUUUUGGUUGCCGUUGUGGUUUUACCUCUGGCUGUGGCUGAACUUUUUCAUGGUUGUUCCCCGUAGCUGGAAAUUCACCCAACUACAGCAUUCGGAGGAGCAGACAUUGGCCAAGGCGGUCCCUGGAGCAACUAAUACUCGAUUCAAGGUCGGCGCCUUCUGUCUCGUGGUAGCCUGGCUCACUAUCGUCUUUUCCCUCCAUCACUCAAUCAAGCAUUAUAAGCCCCGACACCGCGGCAUCGUCAACCGCGCUGUUGGCUUCCUUCGAUACAUCCCUUUCCGCUUCUGGCUUAUCAUCCCUCUGUCAGCGGCUACCAUCGCGUAUCAGGCCUUUAUCUCAUGGGAGUUUGACUACUCCAUCGUCAAGUACAACGGAAACAUCCCUGUUAUUUACUGUUGGGGCUUCCUGCCAACUCUGCUCAUCCUUUACAUUCAGUAUCUCUACGGUUUCUUCAGCCCUAAUGAGGACAAGGAUCUGAUCCGCAAGAGACGAGAGCGUGGUGAGAUGAUCAACCGAGAACUUGGCAUCGUCAACAAGCCUGCCUGGUGGCACCGUGUCAGGGGUGACCAUCUCCUCAGCUUCAAGGACAAGCUUACUCGCAAUGUUCAUGAGAUCGGAGGUGGUAGGGCCACUGGUCGACGUAUUGAAGGAGAUGCGGAGCGAGACCUACGUGAGGAGGCUUUGGCUGCUGCCAGAGAUGAUGAUAUCGAGAUGGGCCACAUGCAUCGCCCCCUGGACGCUUCCAAUAACCCACGCUCUGAUCGGGCUGGCACUGCUUCCAUUAGCUCCAAUGCCUCGCGAACGUUUGUCCAGCCAUACACUGGUAAGAAUGAGCGUCGCCGUCAUGAGCGCAAUAUGGAAGCCGUCGCCGGCAUUCUCUUCCCUAACAACCUCGCCGAGGACCGAGCUCGCCGUGAAGCGCAACUUGGACUCGACGGCCCUCCUCCCCCUCCUUAUAUGGACGGACAGGGCCGGGGUCGAUCCUCCGGACGUCCCGGAUCUACCGGUCGCAGCAAUAGCACCGAGACGAACAACUCCAUUAAUGCUCCUCCCCAGCAAAUCAGGAGUAUGUUGGAUAUUUAAGAGACGGCGCCUUAUGACGCUGUGAGCAUUGAUACUUAUAUGAGAUAAAGUUUAGGAUUGUUACGUCGCCCUGCAUUUUGUCAUUGGGCAUCGUGAAGCAAAAGAAUCUAUUACAUGAAUAGUUGACUACGAAUUUGCGGUGUUUUUCCAUGGGAAGCUCUGUCUGUCACUCGCGUUAUACACCAAUACUGUUAGAUAUGACUAUGUACGAAAAUCAAUAUGUUUAAUGAUACACAUUUCAGAUAUUCUUUUCCGAGUGCUCUCCAACUACAUGAUAUGGUGGGCAAAAGAUUGACUUCCUAACAUGUACGUAAGUUUAAUAGUUGGGGGUGGAUGGACUGGGUUCGAGAAUACAAC